UCUUGAUUGAUUCUUGCUUUUUCUUUUUCAGCGACGACAAUGGCGGCGACGGCGAUACCAUAAUCUAUCGAACCUACUACCGUAUUCUUUGAAGAACAAAAGCAAAACAAGAGAUAUCUGAACCAUGUCUAACGUUCCUUCUAUAUUCUCAGCCCCUCCAGGACAGGGCGGCAACAACAGCAGCAAUAACAACAAUAAUGGCUAUACCCCGUCUGCCGCCGCCAGUGGCUAUACCGGUACCUCUGCUGGCGGCUACACACCAUCAGCGGCAGCAAGCGCUAUACGCCCUCAACUGCGCCAGCGGCUAUACGCCUUCUGCAGCAGCAGGUGGAUAUACCCCUUCUGCGGCAGCAGGUGGCUAUACGCCUUCUGCUUCAGCGGGUGGAUCGCACGGAGGCGGAUACACUCCGUCCUCGGCGGCAAACAGCUACACUCCCUCUGCUGCAGCCUCGGGCUACUCUUCUGGAGGAACCUACACCCCAUCCUCAGCGGCGAGUGGUGGAUACUCUGCGGCAACUGGAUCCACAAACUACGGUGGCACCAGCAACCAGAAUACUGGAGGAUACGUUCCUUCGGCCACCGCCAUGAGCUACAAUCCAUCAGCUGCUGCUGGCGGUCCGGUUCAAAGUGGCAACACCAGCAACACUGGGGGAUACGUUCCUUCUACUGCUGCCACGAGCUACACACCUUCUACUGCCGCCACCAGCUACACACCUUCCAGUGCCGCCACUGCCAGUAGUGUCCCUGUUUCUGCUCCAGCGCCUGCAUUUAAUCAGGCGAUCAAUGCUCCCACAAACCGCGCCCCGGCUUACCCCCCGUCAGCCCCGCCUGCCUACAAGGAUCCAAAUGUGGCCCCAUCCUACCAAACAUUGUCCUCCUCCCCCAUUCCUCAUGUGACAGCGACACCAGCCAAUCCAUUCACAUCUAGUUUCUCGCAUGGCGGUGGUCCCACCCAAGGUGUCAUGUCACAGGCCCACGAUCCCGUGAAUUGCCACAAAAUCGACUAUGAAAUCAAGGGACAGGAAAUGCAGCUGGUCGAGGUUCAUUUGGAUCCACAGGAAACCGCCAUUGCCGAGGCUGGUGCCAUGAUGUAUCUCGAAGACGAUAUUGACUUCAAAACAAAGUUUGGGGAUGGAUCGGAACCCAAGCAAGGAUUCUUCAAAAAACUCAUGGCCGGUGCCGGGCGGCUUUUGACGGGUG